GGCUGGUGGAAGACAGGACUGACCAGAAAGUAAACCAGAGCUCAUCGUCUAUCUAAACUACAUUAGCAUCAAGAAUGAGGAAGCUGAAAUGGUUUAAAUUCAUGAACAGAAAAUUUUGUUUUUCACAGAAAAGAGAGAGAGAGAGAGAGAGAGAGAUAGAUAGAUCUGCUGAAAAUCCUCCAGGACGGGAAUGAUCACUGUACUCAUUCUAAUAACCACAGCCGGAAAUGCUUUUGGUGCUGAAGAUAUUUCAGUGUGCGGUUCCCCCUCGGUGUCCAGUCGGAUAGUUGGCGGUACAGAUGCGUUGGAUGGGGUGUGGCCCUGGCAGGUCGCUGUUAGAAAUAAAGAAUUAAAUGGAGAAUAUUUAUGUGGGGGAUCCCUGAUCUCACAGGAGUGGGUUAUGACGGCAGCGCAUUGCAUCCACCAUCCUAUCCGGGUACCGAAUUAUAAAGUAUAUUUGGGCAUGCACCGGCUGUAUGUGAUCAGCCCUCAUACAGUUGUUGCCGAUGUAAGGACUAUCAUUGUCAAUAGUCAAUAUACAAACAGUGAGAGCGCUGGAGACAUCGCCCUGUUGCGACUGGCCACUCCUGUCUCCUAUACUAAGUACGUCAUGCCAAUCUCUCUGCCAUCUUCCACUACCAUCUUUCCCUGUGGAACGGAGUGCUGGCUUACUGGCUGGGGUGCAAGAUAUUCUGCAGGGAGUGUAGUUUUAUAUGCGACCCUCCAGGAGGUCAUGGUUCCUCUAAUAGACCGCAAUACAUGUCAAAAAAUGUUUUACAAUGGAAAAGAUGACAUCACCAUCCAGUACGAUCAGAUCUGUGCCGGCUACAAGAAUGGGGGGAAGGACUCCUGCCAGGGGGACUCAGGAGGACCUCUGGUGUGUAAGGUCCGGGGCGUAUGGUACCAGGUCGGAAUUGUGAGUUCUGGAAUGGAAUGCGCAGCCCCCAACCUCCCCGGGGUGUACACACUGGUGACAGCCUACCAAACCUGGAUCAGCACCUACCUGAACGUUCCAUUCAAUGAUGUGUCAAAUAUCCCGACACCAACGAGGACAUGUGGAGAAAGUCUCUUCAACACGGGGUACACCAAUGAUCUUUUACCAACAUCCAGCUUUUCACGCCAUCGCUGGGUUAUCCUGGUCCCAACUAUUCUUCUGAUGACUCUAAUACAGUGGUUCUCAACCCUCUAGUGCCGUGACCCCUUGAACAAAUUUCCCAAGUUGUG